GUGUUCUACUGAUGAACGCUGACACAAUGAACCUGCUGGCGGAGAAGCACCCCAGGCUAAGACCAAAGAAUGAGAAUUUAUUACUUAAAGGACCAGUAAAUUAUGUGCACGAAAUCGUUUUCGAUGAAAUAACACCCGAAUUGGUUAAGAAAUGUGCAGCUGCAACUAAAGGGGCUUGCGGACCCUCCGGAGUUGAUGCGGAUGAAUGGAGGCGAAUUCUUGAUUCAAAUAUCUAUGGUGAUACUGGCAGUGACCUGAGAAGAGCAGUUGCACAAAUGGUAAAACAAUUAUGUAUGAUCGAAAUGGAGAAGGUAAAUCAAUGUGCGACUUUAGAAGUUCUAAUGUCCUGUAGGUUAAUACCAUUAGAUAAAUGUCCAGGACUGAGACCUAUUGGAAUUGGUGAAGUCUUAAGGAGAAUAAUGGGGAAAUGUGUUAUGGCUGUCCUAAAGAAGGAUGUUUUAGAAGCAGCUGGUAAUUUGCAGUUGUGUGCAGGUCAAAAAUAUGGCUGUGAAAUUGCUGUUCAUGCUAUGAAUGACAUCUUCAACAGUGACGAUUGUGAAGGAGUCUUACAGAUUGAUGCCAAGAAUGCUUUUAACUCACUUAAUAGAACUGUGAUGAUUCAUAACAUUAAAAUCAUUUGUCCAACGAUUGCUACCUACGAUUCAAACUGCUACAGCAGACCUGCUAGACUUUUUGUGCUUGGUGGAGCAGAAAUCUUGUCUGAAGAAGGGACAACGCAGGGCGAUCCAAUUGCCAUGGCUGUAUACGCUCUUGGAAUCACAUCAUUGAUGUCAACGAUAAACAGUUCAUUUCUCUACACAUCACAUUCUUCAGAUUCUUCAAACACGACAAAGCAGGUGACCUACGCUGAUGAUCUAAUUGGGGCUGUGAAGCUGAAAGAAUUACGUCAAUGGUGAGAUCUGCUGGAUCUACAUGGUCCAUCGAUUGGUUAUUAUGUUAAUGAGAACAAGACGUGGCUUAAUAUAAAGGAGAAGCACUGCGGGAAUUAUCUGCAAAGUUAUAGGAAUAAAAAUCACCAAAGAAAGUAGUAAACAUCUCGGGGCAACCAUUGGUACGCAGACAUUCAAAAACAAUUUUGUCAAGCAAAAAGUUGAAGAAUGGGUUGCAGAAAUUAAAGUUCUUUCAAGGAUUGCAAGAUUGGACCCACAAUCAGCGUUAUAUGCAUUCACACAUGACAAGAUAACCUACAUCAUGAGAACUGUUCCUGAAAUUGAAUCCAUACUUCAGCCACUAGAAGAUUGCAUUAGGACAAUUUUCCUUCCAGUACUGAUGGAAGGACACAUUUGCAACGGUCCCGAACGAUUCUUGUUGUCUCUACCUCCGAAGUAUGGUGGUAUUGGUGUUAUCAAUCCUAUUUCACUCUGCAAAAUAGAAUACAACAACUCCAAAAAAGUUACAAAAGCGGCUUCCAACGAUGUGUUUGAACAACAAGAAGUCAAGCAUAACAAAGAAGAUGAAACGCGAAAAGUCAAGAGUCAGGUUCAAGUCGAUAAAAAAAACGAAAUGAAGUACAGUUAAGAGCCGUAAAAGCCAUGUCCGUAAACGAAUCGCAAAUGCGUACACUUGAUUGUUCAACAGAAAGCGGUGCAUACAACUGGUUGACAGUCCUCCCGUUAGAAAAAUAUGGUUUUACAUUAGAUAAAAAAUCGUUUUGGGAUGCUAUUCGCUUGCGAUACAGCCUACCACUUACCAGAUUACCAGAACGAUGUGCAUGCGGUUCACCAUUUACUGUGCAGCAUGCACUGAGUUGUCAUACUGGAGGAUUCGUUACAAGGCGACUCAACGAACUAAGGGAUAUUACAGCUCAGCUAUUGUCUGAAGUGUGCAAAGACGUUGAAACAGAGCCAUGUCUCGAACCAUUAACGGGUGUACGAAUAUGAAAUGUAUAUAACCAUGUGCUUUAGAUGAGCGGUUAAUGAGAUAUAAGGGUAUAAAUAUUUUGAAUAUUAUAUUUUGAAACAAGAGGGUGCCGAUAAGCCGCAAACGCCUGCAUGUAAAAGGGCGAGUUCGGACGACUCUUCGAAUUAAGGUUACUGUAAAGGAAAAAAACUCACUACCCAUGUAGUCUCAGAAAAACCCUUAUAAUUUAUCAAUAGUUUUAUAAUUUUUUUUUAUGUUUUUUAGUUUCUGAAUGCUUGAUGAAAGACUUUUUUGACGGUGCUAUUUUCGUGAGAUGGUAAUUUUCUAAAAAGAAAAUAUAUUGAAAUAAACACACACCAAUUUUUUUUCACAGUUCGUUUUAAAAUGACUUCUUUUUCCGAACGCGUGGUCGCAGAGUUCUCGUUUUCGCACCAUUAUUUUCAGCAUAAAUUAAAUUCAAAAAGGUUCCCGGCUUUUUUUUUCUAAUAACGUCAUUAUGAAAUUAUUUGUAAUGACAUUUAAUCAUUAAAAAAAUGCAUAUUAUUUUCUUUCUGUUGUCAUCAUUCGCUAAUCAGUAAUUUAUACAAAAAAAUCCGGGAACUUUUUGUGCAUAAUUUAUUCAGCUUUUCAUUACCGAAAAUUUCAAUGAGCCAAUAGGAAGCUUUCGGAAAAAGAGACCACAAACGUAAAGGCAUGUAUGCUAAAAUUUACUAACGAGAUAUUUGUUUUUAAAGAUUUUCGUAGGUGUUAUAAAAAUGUGUGAACUGAGUAUGCAGAAAGAUGAUAGAAGUGCGAACUUUUUCUUUAUGCUGAAUAUGCGUGCACGCGUUCAGAAUUAUUAAUAGACAGGCAUAUUCCUUAACUUUGAUUUUUUUAAUUCGAUAGUGAAAGUAAACUAUCUAAAAAAUAUUAUUAUGCAUAUUUUUAUACGGGAGUUCCAUAUUAUGCAAAAUGUUUACAGAAAAUAUGCUCAACUCAUUUUGCAUAUAUUUUUUCAAAGGUGUGAAGGAUAUAACAGCUCUAAAAAGGCUUUUUCCAGAAAAAGGGACGUUCCAAAUAUCUUCAUAGACUAUAAAAUAUGUCAUUGGAAAGAGAAUUUUUUUUUCUAUAUGUCAUGAAUUUUUUGCAAAAAACCCAAAAAAAAUAAUUGUUUCCUUUACAGUAACCUUAAAUUGGCAAUUGUCGUCCGAAACCGCCCGCACUUUCUAGAACUCGCCCGAAACAUUCCCGAAAUGCAAUUCUAUGAGGGGGAUCCGGGUCAAAAUUCCGUGCAUUCGAUCGCCGUUUUAGGCGUUCGUUUUACUUGUUUGCGCAUUCGGGCGUUCGUUUUAGGCGUUCGUUUUAGGCGUUGGUUUCAGGCGUUGCCAAUGGAGAAAACUAUCGUUUAUAAUACAGAACUGGUCUUGAAAAUAUAUUUAAAAUUUAACUCUGACUAUCUAACAGGGUUAAACAACAUGGCGGCUGCACUUACUUCGUUGGUAUGUUACAUUUAUUUACUGAGAAGUUGUUUUGAAAAACAAUAAUGUGAAUAAUAAUUGUCAUCUCUAUUGUUUCAGCAAAACAAAGAAGGAUUGAUCCUGAUUCUUGAUAAAUUAAAAGAGACGAUCAUUAAAAUCAUUCAUGAAACUUCUAAUGUUAAUUUGUCUGUCAAUGACUACGAUGCAGUUUCUACUAGAUUCGAGAGACUUCACAGACUGGCAAUUUACUUAGAAGCAGUAUAGCGAAAAUAUGGUAUUGAUAGGUUGAUAAGUAAACUCGAAGAUAUUUCUCGGUUGUUUUCGAGCGAUGAUGAUCACAAUGCUGAGCGUUGUUUACCUUUUGUAAGUAGAGAACACUGUGGUGGUAGAGGUGCACCAAAGUUCAAAAUACCAGAAGACGUAUUCGAAUAUUAUUUAAGUCAUGGAUUCACAAAUCCUCAGAUAGCCUUAAUGUUGAGAAUUAGUGAGAGCACUGUCAAAAGACGUUUAAAAGAGUAUAAUUUGCGAAGAAACAGUCUUUUCUCUAACUUAAAUGAUGACGAACUCGAUUCAAAAAUAAUCAUGAUACUGAACGAUUUCCCUAAUACAGGAUACAAAAGAAUGAAGGGUUUUUUGGUGGUUACUGGUGUAAAAGUGUAAGAAGAUAGAGUUAGGGAAUCAAUGAGGCGAGUGGAUCCAGAGGGUAUUCUUCUGCGAAGUCUUCAAUUCAAUCCAGUCGUUCGCAGGACAUAUAAAGUAGCUGGCCCUUUGUCGUUAUGGCACUUGGAUGGAAACCAUAAACUAAUUGCGUACAAAUUAGUCAUCCAUGGAUGUAUUGACGGUUAUUCGAGAAAGAUUAUCUACCUGCACUGCCAGUACAGUAUAUCAAUUUUUCAUCAGUGCUGUUCCUAUACACGAGAGGAUUGGAAA